AUGCCGGAGCGGGUGCGUCAUCGGUACACCGGGUACAUGAGUGCGACUUCCCUGGAGGAGGUUGGAUAUAUGGGUCUCUGUGAUGCGGAGCCUGUUCCGGGUGAAUGUGGUGAUUACUAUGGUGGGAGGUAUUAUGGGUAUGUUGAGGCAUACUGUGAGUUGGAUGCUUUUCAGAUGGGAUUGAAGGAGCUUGAACAUGAUGGGGAUUGUUGUGCGAAGGCCGAGGUUAGCGGCGUGUCGAUCCCUGACGCGGGGCAGUACACGUAUUACGGUUAUAUGUAUGCGAGUUCGGAGGAAGAGGUUGUGAAUAGGGGCCUGAAGGAUGUCCUACUUGUUCCUGGGUUUGAUAUUAAGUAUUCUGGGAAUUUGCAGGCGGGUUCUGAGGAGGAGGCUAAGGCUAUGGGACUUUUUGAGCCUUCACGUAUGAAGUGA